AUGGACCAGGCCUGCAGCGCCUCGGCUUCCCCCUGGGCCCUAGCCGGGGCACAGGUGUGGCUCUGCAUCAUGGAACCCAUUUUUGGGGACAGAAUAACCCACCCCUUCAGAAGGACGUUCAUUAUAGGGUCCCCACCAUGUGCCCCAAGAGUCCUCUGUGAUUGUGUAUCUGUGAGCAGUGGGUGCGUGCACGGGACCCCCGGAGCAGAGGUGAGUAUAAGGAAGGUGCAGGGUGUUCCCUCUGGCAACCAGGGCCUGUCAGCCGUGGCUGCAGCUCUGUCCACGGGCAUUUCUGUGCGAGGAGAGGGAGGGAUGGCUGGGCCCUCCCGGGUCUGA